AUGCCGGCAACUGUGCCGACGGCCGCCGACAAUUCUGAAUCGAGGCCAACGGCGGAGGAUUUUGUGGACAGUGACCAGGAUGCCGAAGGGGAGGAGACAGACUUGUAUCAGAUGGAUCAGCAGCUCCAGGAUGCUGUACACCGCGCGUAUUCGGGGGAAAUCGAGGCCGAGUCAGGGGCUGUUGAGGUCGACGAGGAUAUGGAUGCUGAGGGAGAGGUAGAUUACGAUCAUGUUCCAAAUGGGGAGAUCGAUGAAGCAGAGCCCGUGGGUGCCGUCAAGAUUCCAGAAGGUGCUUCAUCUAUCAACAAUGACAAUGACGAUGACGCAGAUGCAGAUGCAGAUGCGGAUGCGGAUGACGAUCCAGAAUUCAAUGAACAGAGUGAGAGCGAGCGCGGCGGAUCUAGUUCAUCGAGCAGUCGCGAUUCAGAUGAGGACUGGGAGGCGGAGAGCAAUGGGCCUGCGGAAGCUGAAGCGGAUAAUAACACAGUUCGCGGGAAUUGCAUAUUUUGCAAUCAAGAUGAAGAUCAUGACCCAAGCGAAGAGUUUGAGGAGUACUUGAGCUGUGCUGUUUGUGGCGAUCACUCUCAUCGGCAAUGUGCUCGUGAAAAUAAUGCUUUAAACGAUGCUGAAGAUACUGGCUCCUGGAGAUGUCCAACCUGUCACAGCGAGAACUUGGAGCCUAGUUCUAAAGAGGAGGCCUCAUCGCGACGAAAAAGCGGCCCGAAGAACAUGAACAAGGAGCUUCUGCCAGCUCACAGUGGCGAAGAAGGUUCAGAUUUCCAUUCUAUCUUCGAUACCGUGACCGUCGAUGAAGAGCUACUAAACAGCUCACGGUCGCUUCGGAAGAGAAAAACCCAGUCUGUCGACGCAGAGGAACACGCACCUGUUCUCCGCAAGCGACUGAGGCAAUCGCCUGCGCGAGUCGCACGAGCCGACUCGCAGGAUCAAAUUAAAGCCAACGGAGACGCUUUGUCGCCCGUCCGCACCCGUUCUCGGCGCACUAGAAAAGAUGAGCAGGAACAUUGCCGUGUAGUAGUGAAACAGUUUGGCAAACUCGUCGUGGCUUUUCGGUUACCUGACGUGAAACUUUCUAAGAUUCUCAAUUCGCGCAGUCGGUCCUCAAUUCGAAACCGAAAGAUCCCCAAACCACCUCCACCACAAGAACCACCACAGGCCCAUUUUGCCCCAAUCACUCCCAUUUCUUAUUUCCCGUCUUUAUAUUCCUUCAGUGACCGCGAGCUAGAGGAGUCCUCGAAAGCCAAGCCCUACGGAGGGAUUCUCUCCGAGGCAGAUGCUGACACCUCCAAGACGCUACCUUCACAACUUGACCGUGAACGCUUCGAAGCCGCACGGCAGAAAGCUGAAGACGCUUGGCAAAAACGUCUAGCAGAGUCCCAGAAUGGUGGCGAAACUGUGCAGCAUGCUUCUCAGAAGGUCUCUGGGCCUCCAUCUAGGAUCAAGUAUAUCAACUUUGGCGGAUUCGAGAUUGAGACUUGGUACGCAGCGCCGUAUCCUGAGGAGUAUAGUCGAAACCGAGUACUCUACAUAUGCGAAUUUUGCUUGAAGUAUAUGAAUUCGGACUAUGUCGCGUGGCGCCAUAAACUCAAAUGCCCCGCAAAACAUCCUCCCGGCGAUGAGAUCUACCGUGAAGGCUCCAUCUCAAUCUUCGAGGUUGAUGGGCGGAAAAAUCCAGUCUAUUGUCAGAAUUUGUGCUUGCUUGCGAAACUGUUCCUGGGGUCUAAAACGCUUUACUAUGACGUCGAACCCUUCCUUUUCUAUGUCAUGACCGAGUUUGACGAUUUAGGGUGUCACUUCGUGGGGUAUUUCAGCAAAGAGAAACGGCCAAGCUCAGCGAACAACGUCUCGUGCAUUCUUACUCUACCCAUACACCAGCGAAAGGGUUAUGGAAAUCUCCUCAUUGACUUCUCUUACCUCCUUACUCGCAUCGAAGGCAAAACGGGCUCGCCUGAAAAGCCUCUUUCCGAUAUGGGCUUGGUUUCCUAUCGAAAUUAUUGGCGGCUUGUCUUGUCAUACCAGCUGCGAAAUCAAAAGACGCCGGUCAGCAUUGCCGAGCUUUCCGAACGCACAGGUAUGACGGCAGAUGAUGUCGUUUCUGGGCUGGAAGCAUUACGCGCUUUAGUACGAGAUCCCGUGACCAGAACAUACGCUCUCCGUCUCGAUUACGACUAUUUUGAGGAAUGUAUUCGCGGCUGGGAAAGCAAGGGAUAUGUGACGCUAAACCCAAAUGCACUUGUUUGGACCCCGUACAUCAUGGGUAGGAAUAAUCAGUCACAAUUCGACCGCGCUCCUAUACAUACCGUCGCGCCACGCGAGGGGCUUGAAGAAGACGAUGAUGAAAGAAAAGAGCUAGUUGAAGAAGCUUCAAAGCAGUUGGAGGCCUCCAAGCGGAACAGUCAAGCGCUGGUUAACGGCAUAAGUAGCGCGGAAGUCGCCGGUACACUGCAUGAACCUGCAGGUCCUCCUUCUAUAGAUUCCCUGUCUAACACCAAUGGCGUCCAUCAUCAAACAUCAACAGGCGCGGCCGGACAAAAGGAGUCGGGACCUUUGAGCAAUGUUCCGGCAUGGCGGUUCGAAAUAUACCCCCCAGUUCAAGCACCAGUCUCCAAAAAGCGUUCUGGCCGCCCGUUUGGGGCGAAGUCAUUUCAAAAAACCUCUAUCACUCCGACUACUACUCGCACCAGCGGUCGUACUACGCCCCGAAAGGCCGCCUCCCUUUCAACAAUAACCCCAACAGCAAACGAACAUAGUGUUAGACGAGGUCGGAGUGCGAAGCUAUUUGACUCCCCUUCGAUCGGAACGGAAAACGUGGCAACGAACGGUAUAGAGCCAGAUCAGCUCGAUCUCGCUGGUGAAACAGGAAUCAACAGCGGCCAGGAGGCUGUCCGUUUUACGGUUGGAGAACAAGGGACCCCAGAUCUAUCUGAAAAUCCGAGUGAUGCCCAAAUACCGCCCACGGCCAAUGGCGUUAAUGGAUCAAAAGCGGUCGAAGAGCAGCAAGGGCCAGUGACACCUUCGAAAGGGAAGAUUGUCGAAGGCAGAGCCAAACUCACGCGGUCCGCUAGUCGAAAAUCUGUUGUGGAGAAAAUCGAAAUGCUUAUACCAGCGGAGGGUGAAGGCGUCGCUGUGCCUGACGAUCAUGGAAGCGAUGUCGAUGCGGAGGGCGAUAUCGAUAUGGAGGAGACAUAA